AUGUCAGGAGGAAAGGCAUCAACAAACGAUUCCCUGUUGUCAGAACAAGGAGGUGUGGUUUCAUCAUCUUACUACUAGUAUAAUGAAGGAUCGAAAUCAGUGACUGAUGUAUUGAGAAAGGCAGGAGAUAUACCUUAGAUUCUUAAUGAAACCAUCAAUUUGCUCCCUAGUUUGGAAGUAUUGAAGAGAGAAUCAUAGAAUUAGUGCAAAGGAUAAGAUGACAAGACAAUCAAGAGAGACUACGAUGAGAGAAUCAAAAGACGUCAUGAGAUCAUGAACUUUUUGACUGAAUUUUCAACUUAAAGCAAAAAUUACAUGGAUUAGACAACUGAUCUAGUGAGCAUAACUAACAUGACUAAGGAAAGACUCGUUCAGUAGAUUAAGUUCUGUGAAUCAAUUUCAUGGAAUAAUAUCACUUUGGACUUCUUUCUGAAGUAAAUUAAGAAACUACACAGUGAAUCGGAUGAAAUCAUAAAAUACUACAAGACGAUCUUGACAAGAUAAAGAGAUGGCUAAAUUAUUGAGGAAUAUAUGAAGAAUAGCAUCAACCUCUUCUCAGGAGCUGAGCAUCUAAGCACCAUUUUCAACUAGCUUAAGAAUCUUGAAACACAGAUACCUUAACAAACCAAAAGGAUUUAGGCUUUUGAGUAGACUUUCAGAUAGAAGCAUAAGGACUAAAGAAAUGCAAUCAACUCCUUAAAAAACUAGAUCAAAAGACUCUAAAUGAAUAUUGAUUUUGAAAAUUAGGAAAUGGAACUGAUAAAUAAAAGCAUAGAUUAGAUAAAGGACAAGAAAACAAGGUAUAAUGAUCAAGAUCUGAUAGAUUUGAAAAUAGAGAUAGACUCCAUCAAGGAUGAAAUCCAAGAAAUAGAAAAAGAUCAAUUAGUAAAUUUAAAGAAGAAUAUUAAUAAGCAACACAAUAGCGAGCGAGAUAGAUUAAAGGCCGAGCAAAUGAAAAUCAACAAUGAAUUAUUUUAUCUUCAAGAGUAAAAGAAGUUGAAGAAGAAAAAAAUCAUUGGUAUCUUUCCUGACAAUUCUGAAUUCAAAAAAAAAAAGAAAGAACUAAUGAUGAAGUUGACCUAAAUUGAAAAACAAAUCAAUGAUACCUAUUAGGAUGAGUAAGAAUGCCUUAAAAAUGAGAAGAAGUAUCUUGAGUAAUAAUUAGUUAAACUUAAUGAUGAUUUGAGAGCAAAGUUAAUUGAGAGAAAGAAGGAAGUAGUUAAAUUAAAAGGUAAUGAGAGGUAUGUCAAGCUUAAAACGAGGAAAACUGAAUUGCUGAAACUAUAGGAGACAAAAUAAGAACUUAUCAAUAAUUACAAAACAAGUAUUUCAGAUCUUUAAAUAGAAGUGGAUAACAAGUAAAGAUGUGCUGAUGAUCUUGAGGAUGAAGAGAAGGGAAAAUCAAAAACAAUGAAAGAGGAAUUAAAAAAGUCAUACGACUCUCAGAAAGACCUAAUGGCAAAAAAAGAAAAUUAUGAAAGAAAUGAUUCAUUAGAACUGGUUUAACUCAUCAAACUAGUAAGAAAUCUCCAAACAGUGGCACAUUAUUGGUACUUAUUACAAACCGCAAACAGCUAUAUCAUAGAUAUUCUGGUCAGACUCUCAAGCUAGUUAGGGUCAAUUAUAAGUGCUAUAGAAGAAACAAAGCACUCCAAGGAAAUUGAGAAGUAAAAGAAGGUAUCUUAGAAUCUUGAAAUAAUGAUGGAGGAGUUUGGUGGAAGAAGAGCUUUGAUUGAUGAACUUGAGCGAAACAUUAACUGUCUUACUGAUAAUGAGACUUCAAACUUCAAAUCUAAAUUCUUCGAAUAAAUUGGAAAUGAGACAUUGGAUUAACUUAAUGGCAGGCUUCAACAAGCUAAAGAUUUGACUCAAUUGUUCCCAGAAAUUCCAAUUGAAUUUCUAACAAUCAUUAGAAACUAGAUAUUCAUCUAUCUCAACAAGAAAUUAAAGCUAAACUUGUAAGCCUAAAAAGAAUUCUUAGAUUAAAACUAUGACAAAAAAGGAGAUGGUUUUUUCGCGAGAAGUUUUUCUUAAUCUGCUUUGAAUACAACCCAAUCUAUUGCUAGAAAGGAUAGCAAGAUUGACAAAAAAGGAAUAAUCGACAUUUAAGUUGGCAAUCUUAAAAACUUAAUUCUCUAAAUCUUUGAUAGCAAGGAUAUUAGAUAUCAACUUAUGAGAAAAGAUUAAUUGUAAAGGGAUAAGGCAUUGCUCUCAGGUGGAGAUGUUUAAGGGCAAGUCGAGAGCAUAGCGAAUAUUAUUAUUAUUCAUCAUCAGGAUAUAUUCAAGAUAAGUCCAGAUUCUGAAUUACUAAAUCUAAGUAAGGAUUUGGAAAAUUUGGAUUGA